GACAAUGUUCUUGAGAAUAAUAGUUCAUUGAAAGCUUUAUCUGAUAGUGUGACAUAUCUAAAAUGCAGCCGAAGAAGCGUGUACGAUUCAACAUGGAUAACAACCAAGAAUUCAGUUACAGUUAUGCUGCACACAAUGACUCCUCUGAUGAUGAGAAAUUCACAAAUGUCCAUUUCAUUGAAUACAUGAAUGGUGAUACUGAAAGUGAUGAUGAUGAUGAUGAUGAUUCUGAUGAUGAUGAUGAUGAUGAAGAAGAAGAAUCAGAUGAUAACGAUUAUGACACUGAAACCAGUGAAGAGGGCUGUUAUACAGGAUUAGGAAAGUAUGGCUAUCUUGUUAAUAAAACCUUGGAAAGAGAGCAAGAAGUCAAAGAUAGUGUAAAUAAAGGCAAAGCAAAUAAGACACAAGAUGAAGAUAUGAYAAAGGUCAAUGUCAGUAAUGGAUUUGACAGCAAGUCUGAAUAUGAUAAUGAAUCACAGCUGGAGAAGAUGAUUCAGAGCAGAAAAGAUGCUGUUGAAGGAGAAAUUGGUGAUUUAACUAGACAACUUGUCAAGUGUAGAGAAGAAACUCAACAAGAGGUAUUAGUAAGCGUAAUCACAGCGCAAAAUGGUUGCAUGUACAUUUUAUAUGUUUUAUACGAUUCCAUCGUUAUUUGUUUGAAUUUGUUGAGGACCCUAUAUUAUGUGUAUGAUUUUUGUCAGCAUGAGAGCUAA